AUGAGUUUAAGCACACAAAGAGACAAAUUAGCUAUAGGUGACGAAGGCAUGAGAGCGGGUUUAAUCGUUGGUGUUCUCCCACUGCCGUUGACGAAGCCGCUGCCAAUUUGGACGCCUCCUUCAGCAACUCCUACUAUUGCAGUCGAAAAGCUGAGAGGAUUUCACCGUCGAUUCUGCAUUCUCCUCCGCCUGCUACAUCCCUCGACGUCUGCCCUUCCUCCUUAAACAGAUUCAAACACAAUUCAAGAGAUGAGAGGCAUUGAGCUAUCAUUGAAUCAAACACAGAAACUAAGGCUGCAAAGAGCACUCGAACUGUUGGAAUCUCUGUCUUCAGGAACCAAUUCUGAUGCUUCCGUCACUGUGGCCGAUUCUAUCCCCGUUAACCAAGAAGAUGGUGUUCUCAAGGGUCAUGGGACGACAGAGCUUGAGGGUGAGGUCGUGGCAACCGUGUGUGGAGUAAUCGAACGUGUAAAUAAAUUGGUCUAUGUUCGCACUUUGAGAGCUAGGUAUAAGCCUGAGGUUGGUGAUAUCAUAGUAGGCCGUGUUAUUGAGGUUGCUCCAAAGCGGUGGAGAUUGGAGAUUAAUUUUAGCCAAGAUGCGGUAUUGAUGCUUUCUUCAAUGAAUUUACCUGAUGGAAUCCAGAGGCGACGGACUGCAGUUGAUGAGCUCAACAUGCGUACCAUUUUUGAAGAGAAUGAUGUCAUCUGUGCUGAAGUCCGUGAUUUCAUGCGUGAUGGUAGUCUACAACUGCAAGCAAGGAGCCAGAAAUAUGGAAAGCUAGAAAGGGGUCAGAUGCUGACAGUAUCUCCAUAUCUAGUAAAGAGGCGCAAACAACAUUUCCAUCAUCUACAACAGUAUGGAAUCGACCUCAUACUUGGUUGUAAUGGCUUCAUCUGGGUUGGUGAACAUGUCGAAACUAAAGAUAACAUGGUAGAAGACGAACCAAUUAAACCCCCAAACAAAUCACAAACAACCCUUGAAGAACAAGAACAGACCUACACUCCAUUAGAAACCAGGCAAAACAUAUGCAGGAUUGCAAAUGCUAUCAGGGUGUUGUCAACAUUGGGCUUUAGCAUUACACUUGAUGUGAUUCAGGAGGUUGUUGAUCUGAGCAGCUCCAAGGGCCUGAAUAUACAUGAGAUGCUUGCUGCUGAGUUUUCUGUUUUGGUUGCUGAAAGAGAAGCUGAGCGAAGAAGCUCCUCAAGCUCAACUCGAAGAAAACGAUAAGAUUCAUAUCUUAUAUAAUCUAUAUGUAUGGCUAUUAUAUAUAGUUUCUACUCCUUACUCCUUAAUAGAAAACUAAUCUGUAUCAUUACCAUUGAAGGAUUUAUUGGAUUGUGGAAUGUGGAUCAACUUGAAUUUUUACUCCUUACUCCGUUACAUUUCUAUGUUUCUUCUAAAAAGUUAUCCUUGAAUCAUCUGUUUCGUGCUAGAGUUUUGUUCAAUGUGCUGUAAACAAUUUUACAUUUCUGUAUGUUCGAUUGUUGUUCAACUUUCAAAUAUUCUUGUCACUGAUUAUCCUUAGGGUUUUAUUUUUCUGUUUGUGUUGAAUUUGUGCUUAAAGUUUACAAUUUGGAAGAGAAAUAGAAAAUAUUAGAAGGCAUAGCAUAAUUUCAUGUGUUAUCAUAAUUUUUCUUUUAGAAGUUACAUUUCCAUGUUUUUUGUACACAAAUGACCGUGAAUUCAUCUGAAUGCAUUUGUAGUUUUGUUCUCCACUUUUGUGAACAAACCUAGUUUAUGUAUGUUCAAUGCACAGUUCAAAUUUCUCAUAUUUUUUGUAGUGUUUAUCCUUAAGCUUCUUAAUUUUCUGUUUAUAUUGCAUUUAUACCUAAUAUCAUCAACUCUUAACGGUUAAGUCCAUAACUAUCAUCAUAACCGUUGCACUAAAUUUUUUCUUGUAAACAAUGAACCUGAAGUUCAUCUGUUCUUCUGAGAAUCCAUUCAUUGAUCACUCAAACAUAAACCAUUUCUCACUAUCCUAUACGCAUGAAAUAAAUCUUCCAAAUUUGUAAAUGGCAAACUUAUUAGAUAAUAAAAAAAGAAUACAGAGGUUUUAAAAGAGACUAAUUACAGAAAGAUUUAAA